UAUUGUCUCGACACAGGGACCGUGAGCGAGUUUGCCAUCGCGAGAGACGUCCGCCUGACAUCACUCGAAAACACUUGCGCGCAUCUCACUCCGAUCUGAAAAUGCCGGCGAAUAAAUUGGCUCUUUUGAGCGUGUCUGACAAGACCAACCUGUUGCCAUUGGCUAAAAAAUUGAACGAACUUGGAUUAACAUUGAUUGCCUCCGGAGGCACCGCACAAGCGUUGAGAGAUGCUAAUCUACCUGUACGAGAUGUUUCCGACAUCACAGGAGCACCUGAGAUGCUAGGUGGACGUGUAAAGACUCUACACCCAGCUGUCCAUGCCGGUAUUCUCGCCCGAUUGACCGACUCCGACGCUCAAGAUCUCAAGAAACAGAAGUACGAUCUGAUCCAAGUGGUGGUCUGCAAUCUCUAUCCCUUCAUAAAUACCAUUUCGAAGCCGUAUGUAACGGUCGAGACUGCAAUCGAGAACAUCGAUAUUGGUGGUGUAACUUUAUUACGUGCCGCAGCCAAGAAUCAUAACAGAGUUACUGUUAUCUGUGACCCCGCUGAUUACGACAGGGUCAUCAAAGAAAUGGAGGGCGCUGCUGACAAGAACACCUCCCUGCAAACUAGGCAAACUUUAGCUCUGAAAGCGUUCACUCACACCGCUGAGUACGACAAUGCCAUCUCCGAUUACUUCCGCAAGCAGUACAGUGCCGGAGCCUCCCAGCUCACGCUCCGUUACGGCAUGAAUCCGCAUCAGAAACCCGCGCAGAUAUUCACCACCCUGGAGAAACUGCCGUUGACCGUGCUGAACGGAUCGCCGGGUUUCAUCAACCUGUGCGACGCACUGAACGGUUACCAGCUGGUGAAGGAGUUGAAGUCCGCUUUGAGCCUGCCGGCAGCGACUUCCUUCAAGCACGUCAGCCCCGCUGGUGCAGCGGUCGGCGUGCCACUGGACAGCACGCAGGCGAAGCUGUGCCAGGUGGACGAUCUCUUCGAUCAACUGACGCCUUUGGCGACCGCCUACGCUCGUGCACGGGGAGCCGACCGCAUGUCCAGCUUCGGCGACUUCGUCGCGUUGUCCGAGCCUUGUGAUGUUAUAACGGCAAAAAUCAUAUCAAGAGAAGUUUCCGACGGUAUUAUUGCCCCCGGUUACUCACCGGAGGCCUUAGAGAUACUGAAGAAGAAGAAGAGCGGCGGAUACUGCGUCCUUCAGAUCGAUCCUUCUUACGUACCGUCCCCGCUGGAACGCAAGACCCUGUACGGCCUGGUCAUGGAGCAGAAGCGCAACGACGCCGUCAUCGACAGGUCGAUGUUCGCCAAUGUCGUGACGGCAAGAUCGAAGGCUCUGUCGGAGGAUGCGAUCCGCGAUCUGAUCGUGGCCACGAUUACCGUGAAGUAUACGCAAAGCAACUCCGUCUGCUACGCGAAAGACGGACAAGUAAUUGGAACCGGUGCCGGACAACAAUCGAGAAUUCACUGCACGAGGCUCGCCGGUGACAAGGCUGAUAACUGGUGGCUCCGCCAGCACCCGAAGGUGACCGGAAUGAAAUUCAAGAAGGGCGUGAAGAGAGCAGAUAUCUCCAAUGCUAUCGACAAUUACGUUAAUGGGUCGAUAGGCAAGGACAUGGAUGAAGCUACGUGGGCCGCCAUGUACGAGGAGAUCCCUGAGAAGCUCUCGGAGAGCGACAGAGUCACUUGGAUUAAGAAGUUGAAUAACGUUGCUUUGAGCAGCGACGCUUUCUUCCCAUUUAGAGACAACGUCGACAGAGCUAGACUCAGCGGUGUCAAGUAUAUCGGCAGUCCUGCAGGCUCCACAAACGACGCAGCGAUAAUCGAGGCCUGCAACGAGCACAACAUAGUGUUGGUUCACACUGCUUUCCGAUUGUUCCAUCAUUAGAUAUAAGAUGAAGAUUAUUUUUCCAUUGUUGCUAUUUUUCUACGAUAUCAAUGCGAAAACGAUGUAUCCAGUCGAGAAAUGUUUUCGAAAAUCAAUGUUACAGCUUCCCCUUAAUCUCAGGUGAAUAAUACAGAUUAAUAUUUUUAUAUUCUCCUGUUAAUGUCAAGCUUUAUAUGAAACUUUAAUAAAUAAUAUUCGUAAACGUUUA